AUGUCUACGCCACCUCCUCCCGGAUACUACGUUCCCGCUGUCACCUUCUUUAAGCAAGACGACGAGCUCGACUUUGACGCGAUCAAGGCGCACGUCUUGCGCCUGGCGGAGGGUGGUGUGACAGGCAUCCUCUGUCAAGGCUCGAACGGCGAGGCCCAGCAUCUGUCGCAUGAAGAACGCGCGGAUGUCAUCCGCUUUACCCGCAAAACUCUCGACGAGGCCGGCUUCAAGGACACGCUUGUCAUCGCGGGUACUGGUGGCCAGAGCACACGCGAGACGAUAAAGUUGAAUAAGGACGCGGCGGCUGCUGGCGCGGCAUACGCCCUCAUCCUGACCCCCGCGACAUGGAAACCAAUCCUGAACAAGGACUUGAUCGUGCGCUUCCACCGUGAGGUCGCCGAAGCCUCGCCAAUCCCGACGAUGGUCUACAACUUCGCAACUGUUACCGCUGGACUCGAUCUCGACUCGCACACCAUCGCUGAGGCCGGCACGCACCCGAACUGCGUUGGCUGCAAGCUCUCAUGCGGCCACCUCGGCAAGCUCACUCGCCUGGCCACGGAUCCCAAACUGCAAGGCAACUUCGCGCCCUUCAUCGGUCGUUCAGACUGCUUCCUUCCUGCGCUCGUGAUGGGCGGACCAGGAUGCAUCGCUGCUACGGUGAACAUCGCGCCCAAGACGCAUGGCGCUGUCUACAAGUUCUACAAAGCCGGCCAGAUGGACGAGGCCCGCAACGCACAGCGCAUCCUCAGCCAUGGCGAUGGCCUCUUGAGCAAGUACGGCGGCAUCGGCUUUAUCAAGGCUGUAGUGGCGAAGGAGUUCGGGUAUGGGAUCCCGCAAGUGCGUGGGCCGCUGGCAUCAGGUUCCAUUGAGAAGGUAGAGACGAUGUCACCGGAGGAUGCGGCUGCUCUGAAGGAGCUCAUCGACUACGAAAGGGCACUGUAA